AUGACAGUGCAGGAGAAAGAUGUAAAAUCAUCAAAAACAAUCGAGUAUGAUGUUUCAUCAUCAUCACCUUCGUUUCUUGAUGUUGAGAAAUCAGAGUCAAAAAACCCAUUCUCUAAUCCCAAGGUUGCUGAAUACUAUAGGGACUUGUAUGAGACAGUAAAGUAUGAAUGUCGUGAAGCUUUUGACCCGGAAUUUGAAUGGACGCAAGAAGAAGAGAAGAAGGUGGUUAGGAAGUUGAAUUGGCGUGUUGCUCUUGCGGCAUGUCUUAUGUUUGUUGCCCUACAAGUUGAUAGGGGUAACUUGCAACAAGCUGUCUCCGAUAAUUUGCUAGAUGAUUUGGGAAUCAACACAAACGAAUAUAACACUGGUAAUACCAUUUUUUAUGUAUCAUUUUUGGUAGCUGAAAUUCCAUCACAAUUGAUAUCCAAAAGGUUAGGUCCCGAUGUGUUUAUCCCAAUUCAGAUUUGUGCAUGGAGUAUUGUUGCAUUGUCUCAAGUUGGUUUGUCUGGUAAAACAUCGUUUUACAUUACACGUGCAAUGAUUGGGGCUAUCGAAGGCGGGUUCAUUGCCGACUUGGUAUUAUGGUUAAGUUAUUUUUUUACUAGCAAAGAGUUGUCGCUUAGGUUAGCUUGGUUCUGGACAACCUUAACGAUAACUCAGAUUUUCACGGCUCUUGUCGCAUUUGGUGUUUUGAGAUUAAGAGGUGUUUUUGGUUUGCCAGGAUGGGCACACUUGUUUUUAUGGGAGGGAAUAUUCACUCUCCUUAUUGGAAUUGCAUCAUUCUACCUUAUGGUUCCAUCUGCAGUGCAGACUAAGAGCUGGAUGCAUAAAAAGGGGUGGUUUACUGAAAGAGAAGAAAAGAUUGUUGUCAAUAGGAUACUAAGAGAUGACCCUCAAAAGGGUUCGAUGCAUAAUCGUCAAGCAAUUGAUAUACAUAUGCUUUGGAAAUGUUUGCUUGACUAUGAUUUAUGGCCAUUGUAUAUGAUUGGAAUAAUAGCUUAUGUCGGAUUGUUGACUUUUUCAUCGUAUUUCACAUUAAUGACCAGAGCCCUUGGAUUUGGAGUCUUUGAUACAAAUUUAUUGACUAUUCCAAAUCAUGUUAUACAUAUAAUCGGUAUGCUUGGAGUAACUUGGCUUGCUGAAAAGAUAAAUAAUAGAGCAAUGGUUGCGUUGAUUUCUCCAAUUUACUGUUCCAUCUUAUUAGGCGUGAUUAGAUUCUGGCCGGGGUCUGGUGUCAAGGUUUGGCCGUCUUAUGUUUUGAAUACAUUAUAUGCGGGCCACCCUUAUAUCCAUGCAAUCGUUGUCUCGUGGGUGUCAAGAAACUCAAAUUCUGUUAGAUCAAGGUCAGUUUGUUCAGCCAUUUAUAAUAUGUUCGUCCAAGCUGACUCUAUUAUAGCUCAGAACAUAUUCAGAGAAGACGAUCUCCCACUAUAUAAGAGGGGUCUUUUGCAAUUGUGGUGUUUAGCAUUGGCAACUAUACCGCUCUUGUUAUUGACCAGAUACUAUUACAUUUGGAGAAACAAUUCCAAGGAUAGGCUUUGGAACCAAAUGACGGAAGAGGAGCAAGACUAUUAUAGGAAAAACACCAAAGAUGAAGGAACCAAAAGACUUGAUUUCAGAUUUGCUUAUUAA